AUGGCGUCACGGAAAACACAGCAAGAAAUCGACAAAACCUUCAAAAAGGUCGACGAAGGUAUCCAAGCAUUCGAAGGCAUCUAUGAGAAGAUAUACUCGUCCCAAAAUGCCGCGCAGAAAGACAAAUUGGAGGACAAUCUCAAGAAGGAGAUCAAGAAACUCCAAAGAUCCCGCGACCAGAUAAAGACAUGGGCAGCCGGCAACGAGAUCAAGGACAAGUCUGCACUGCUGGAACAGCGCAAGCGGAUAGAGAAAUGCAUGGAGAUAUUCAAAGCAGUGGAGAAGGAGAUGAAAACCAAAGCGUUCUCCAAAGAAGGGCUAUCACAGAAUGUCAAGCAGGAUCCCAAAGAGAAGGAGAGAGAAGAGCUCUGCGACUUCCUGUCCGACCAGUUGGAUGAGAUCAACAGAAUUCUGACCGAGGAAUUAGAACCCGAGGCUGGCAAUUUACAAGCCGCUCUCAAAAAGAAGCAGAAAGAUAACUCCAAGGCUGAUCGGCUUGCCGAGAUCGAAGCCAUGACCGAGACAUACAAAUGGCAUGAAUCCCGACUACAACUUCUCCUGCGGUCGCUACAGAACGGCAACGUCGAGAAUGAUCUAGUGGCAUCAAUCAAAUCCGACAUUGAAGAGGUGGUGAGGGAAGGCCGUGAGCCGGAUUUCGACCCCGAAGCCUACGAGGGUAUCUACGACGAUUGCAAUCUGGACAGCGAAGAGGUGCAGUUCGGACUGAACAACGAGGUAGACAGAAUAUCAUCUCAAGAUGCGCAGUCUAUUCAGGAAGACGUCGACAUGGAUGCGUCGACCGCCCUCAAGAAAACGAAAUCAGAACCGCACACUGCCACACGACGACCCUCCACACAACUCAAGUCUCCUCUGCCAGCACUGGCAACUCUGAACACGAUGCCACCGCCACCGUCAAUACCCAAGGACUCGGCAAUGAAACCCGCACCAAUCCCGAAUCGACCUCCAGGAGAGACCUUGAAGUAUGCCUCAGCUGCAGCCGCAGCAGCAGCAAGCGACAAAAGCGGAGUGGGUAUUGCUCCGCUCCCUCCGCCAGUUGGAGCAAUUACCGCACCUACAUCACAUCCAUUGCCUGCCCCGGUCAAGACAUCGGCAACGACAUCACCUGCUUCAUUGCCAGCACAACCGGUGGAGAAAACUGCCUCGCCAGCACCUGCCGCUGCAAGUAUGGAUGGCUCAGCAUCGCAAGAACAAUCCAAUCACUCAAAGUCUCCGACUUUAAGCUCCACUAGUGCGCGGGCCCCGAGCAUUCCCAGCAGCGUUCCUCCUACGCCAGCAAUGGAGAAAUCCGAGGCUGUCCAAGAGCCUAUGAUUGCAGACGAGAUACCAACCACGAAUGGCGAUGUGCACGAAGACUCAGCCGCAGAGGAAUCGAUCUAUCAUCUUCCUCCUGGACUUCAGGAUCUACUAGACUCAUUCGAGACUACUAAGAGUCGAGCUGCCCAGCCUCCGUCACAACUAGCGAGACUGCUGCAGGCUUCUCAGGAGACAUGUCCGGAACCCUCCGAUAGCGAUCGGCCCCAACAUUACCGGCCAACGUUCAAGUACAACACACCGGCGCAUUACCCUCAGGAUGUUCUGCCUAUAUUUGAUGAUCCGGCAUUGUACGAAAACCAAAGGCUGGAGACGGACACACUGUUCUACAUAUUCUACUAUCGGCAGAAUACCUAUCAACAGUGGCUGGCGGCACGCGCUCUCAAGAACCAGAGUUGGCGCUUCCACAAGCAGUAUCAAACAUGGUUCCAACGUCACGAAGAGCCUAAGCAAAUCACCGAGGAGUUUGAACAAGGCACAUAUCGAUUCUUCGACUAUGAAAGUACAUGGAUGAAUCGACGAAAGGCAGAUUUCAAGUUUGUCUACAAGUUCCUCGAGGACGAUUUGUAG